AAGUAUAGACCAAUUUUUUAUUUGUAAACAUUCGGAUGCGCGCGCAGGGUGGUGGCAGAAAACAGCGAAAGGGUAGUUAUUUAUAACGGCAAAAGGACCACUCGGAUAAUAAUACAAGUAGCCUAGAUAGAUUUUUAAAAGAUUAUAGUUAAUAAUGAUUAGAUCUGAUUAGUAAAAUGUUUUCGACAUAUUUCAAUAGCCUGUCACCCAGUGAUAAACACUGUUAUUUAGCCAAAUUGACGUUAGUGGGCAGUGGGAUACGUCUUCCAGAUCCGUUUGCAAUAGCACCUUGUCAAUGGUUAAAUGAUGAAACGAAAUGGCCUAGCAUCCAGUGGCCAGAGAUUUAUAAUUACCUAAUCGAAACUCCAAGUGUAUAUACCCGGGAGAAGCUAAAAGCGUACAAGUCUCUGGAUGCUUACAAUUUUGUUCUGUGUGGUCAUGUCCAAGACAUACUAUGGCAUGAUUACAAUGUUCAAAACUUCGUUGUGAUGAAGACGGAGGUUCUGCCUAGCCAAAGACAGGGAAAGAAGACAGAAUUGUACAAGGCCUGGGUUAUCGUCAACAAGACCAACAACUGUAUUCUUACUGCGAACUGCACCUGUAUGGCUGGAACUGACAGAUGAAGACAUUGCGGAAUUGAAACUACUGGCACCUAACGCAGCUGUACUCACUACCAUGGAACUCAGUGACACAGAUUCCGCAACAGAAUCUGACACAGAGGCCGGGGACCUCCCAGAGCCACUAGUCGCUCUGUAUGAUGCCAAUCUGAGAUGCCUCUGCAAAAAUCAACUACAAGAGAGGAGUGAAGAGACUUUUGAAAAACUGAGGAUGGGGUUAACUAAUGAGCAGUGUGUAAACCUUGAGCUUACAACUAAAAAUCAGGCACAGUCUCAGGCCUGGCACACACACAGAAAUGGAAGGAUAACAAGCACAACCCUACAUCGUGUAUACACUGUAGUAACCGAAACAGCUAAACUAAACCUUGUAAAACAGGUAAUGCACUACAAUAAACAAGACUUGUCCCAUGUGCCAGCAGUACUUUGGGGAAGAGAUAUGGAGGACACAGCCAGAAGACAAUACACAGAAAUAAUGAAAGCACAACAUUCCAACUUUGAAGUGGAGCUUUGCGGUCUUGUUGUGCGGCCAGACAAACCACAUCUUGGGGCAUCGCCGGAUGGAAUAGCAAACUGUACCUGCUGUGGGAAAGCAACCCUAGAGAUUAAGUGUCCAUACAAAUACCGUGAUGGUCUUACAGGGAGUAGCGAGGACACACAGUUCUGCUUAGACAAAGCACUACAAUUAAAGAAGAAUCAUGAAUACUACCAUCAAGUUCAGCUACACAUGUUUGUAUGCAACACCCAGUACUGCGACUUUGUGGUUUGGACAAAGCAAGUUGUUGCUAUCAACCGCAUCACCAGAGAUGAAGAAAUGCUACAAGCAGUCCUGCCUAAAGCUGAAAAGUUCUUCAAACAGAGUAUUUUGCCUGAGCUGUUAACACGCAGCAUGGAUCCACUGAUGCAGUCACCUACAGUCUGCUCACACUGUCAAAGGCCAGACUUUGGAAUGAUGAUUGACUGUGCAAAGUGCAAGAACCAUUUCCACUACACAUGUGCUAGAGUAAGAAGAAAGGUUGUGGAUUGGUGUUGUGAACAGUGCAAAAAUGAUGAAUGAAAUGUUCUUCGAAGCAAAUGAUUUAAUACAGUACUAAUAUUUUACAUUUUAACACUUGAAUGUGCAAUUAAUUGUGUUGAUGACAAUAAACAGUUACUUACAGAAUAAAUCUAAAUUAAGCUAUCUUGGGACUAUACAUUUACAAAGGUUUGUUAGUGCUCCACAAACAAUCACUAUAUCGUCUAACAGGUCAACCUGUGUGAGUGGAAUAAUAGUUGUCAGAAUUUUAAAAUUUUUCCAUCUACCUAUUAUUCGUUCAAUGUGUAUUCUCACAUUAGACAAACGCCUUGAUAUGUCCACUUCUUGAGCAGAGAGCUGCUUUUUACCUUUGGUAAAGUGAGGGAUCCUAAGUGUGGCACCACGUGUGGCAAGCUCAUCUCUGAUGGUAAAACCCCGAUCUGCUAGUAUCUCAUCAUUAUGCUCUAGAAGGUCAUAAAAUCCAGACUCGGCUGUAAUUUGUUUGUCUGAAACUCGCCCACCCCAACCUGCCGACAGAAAAGAAAUGGCUCCUGAAGGUGACAUGCCAAUCAAAUAUUUAAUAGUGUUGUGGCUUUUAUAAUUCGAGUACGUCUGGGCUCUGGAGGUUAAAUUUGUGGGUCUAUUGAUAAAAAUUUCUGUACAGUCAAUAAUGCACCUGCAAUGUUUAUAUUUAGGUUUAAAACAUUUUGGCAUAUUCUUUAAUACUGCAUGCUUGCUUGGCCACUUUAUGAGAGGCUUUAAAGUCGCAGACAUAACAGGGAGCCAACUUCUCAAAAUGUUUGAAAUGUCACUUUCUGUGACAUUAAAUCUGAAAGCAAUAUCCUUGUUGCAGAGCCCUAGUCUAAGUUUCAUUAGGACGAUCAAUAGAUGAUCCUUCAGGUUCAUAGAGCCACGCACAACCUCUACACUGUCUUUAAGUUUGUGACUCAACCACUCAAAUAAGACACUGGUCAGCCCUGUGAAAAACAGAACCUGCACUGCUUUACUCUUGAUAGAGCUAAAGGAAAAUUGUGUAUUCAUGAGUGUUGCCUUUAGUUCCUCAUUCUCAGUUUUCAGUUUGUCGAUCUCCAAACGCAGGUUGACACACUCUGUAGAAAGUUGGCUGUACUUGUGUUUCAGAUCAUCAUGGAGAACCUUUGGGACUGUGGCUUCUGAAAUAGAUAUUAGAUAGUAAUAGACUUAAGACUUAAUAAAAUAAGCACUGUCACUUGUUUAAGUUGAGCUUUUCUCAAUUUUUUUAAGGAUGUUUUCAAACAGCAUGUGCUAAACAGAAUAAUGAUCAAUGUCAUUAACAACACAGUUAUGCUGUAUUAAACAAUAUAUAAACAAAACCUGUUUCAUCCUAAUAAUGACUGCCCUACAUUAGUUAAGGUAUUAUAAGCUCUUACCAGUGCAUUGAUCAGCACCAGGCUCCAUUCUGCAGUCAUCUGAGGACAGGCAAGCUCCAGAAGCCUCAUCACUAGCUUCUUUGGACCGCUGUACAUCAUCUGGUGGUCUGUGGAUGGUUUCUUCCCUUUUUCUUUUCCUCUUAAAUCUGAUACACAGAGAUGAGGUCAAACAGUCAGUCCAAAACAGUUUAGUUGCUUGGUAGAUCAUAGGAGGUUAUCAGGUACCAAAACCAAGUCAAGUGUAAAUUACAUAGCAUAGCUUAACAGGGCUUCACAAGACAAUGUAGACAUUACAAAAAUCUGGUCUGACAAAUUAUCUAAAAACUAUCUGACCUUACUUGCCAUACAUUCUCUGCAUUUUGAUGCAUGCAAUGUGAUUCCAGUUAGCAACUAAAUAAGGCUAAAGUGACAAUAUUUACCUCUCAAGUUUUGUAUCUCCUUUGUCUAUUUCACACUGGGUUGCGAAGGAAAAGACAGAAGGUACAAAGUCGGGACUAUUGAAGUCCAUGGAGACCUCUCCUGUCCAAAAAACAAUAUUCUAGUUAUUGACAGUACGAUAGUGUAACAGGUAAAUUUAGCCUGAGUUUGCCAAGCUUACGAGACUAGCUAGUCGUCAAGACAACGUAACACAAUUUAAGGUAAGUUAGCUAAAACGACUAAAACUACAUUAUUCUGUGUUCUAGCGUUAGAUAAGCGUACAACUUUACCAUUAUUUUGUUGUUGUAAGCCAAACCGAGUGAUGUGUCUGAUUGAGUGAAGUUCUUAGGUUAACUUACCUGAUAUGAAGUGUGAACUGCAAAGUCUGGCAUUUUUAAUAAGGUCUUUGUUCCAAUCGGAUCUUCUGAUAGCUUGUAACCAACGACGUCUGCGGUUUGCAUUAAACGAGUUGUUAUCUGCUGGUAUUCUGUAAAACUUCAGGUCACUGUUUACAGAAUUACGAUUCUGGCAUCCCACGGCACAACACGACAUUUUUCUGUUUGUCUUUUGCCACCGUCAUGCGCGAUUGAACCUGUGUGACGUCGUUCUGACGUAAGGUGAAAAUUGGUCUAU